AUUCUUCUUCGUUUUCAUUCGUUUCAGCGAAUAAUACUUUUUUUUUUUUUUCUCUCUUUCUCUCUCGGAUUUUGUUUCUGAUUUGCUCUUCUUGAUCGGUGAAUUCGUAUUGUUUUACUCCGUUUUUGUUCAAGGAAACUCAGAAUCAGCUUGGGAGAGAGAUAUAGAUCGGUUGCUUCGUCGUUGUUUCUCUGAAUCUGAUGGAGCAGCUGAUCAACUUCAUCAUUCGUCCACCGAGAGCUGAAUAUGACCCGAACAAUGAUUUAUUAGAAGAUGAGUUCACGCUUCGAGGAAAAUUGUAUCAAAGGAAGGAUCUGGAGGUUAAAAACACUCGGGGAGAUGUACUUCAGUGUAGUCAUUACUUGCCUAUUGUUAGUCCUGAAGGAAAGCCUCUACCCUGUGUAAUUUACUGCCAUGGUAACAGUGGGUGUCGAGCAGAUGCCAGUGAGGCUGCCAUAAUAUUACUGCCUUCUAACAUCACCGUGUUUGCUCUUGAUUUUUCUGGUUCUGGACUUUCUGGGGGUGAGCAUGUUACAUUGGGGUGGAAUGAAAAGGAUGAUCUGAAAGCCGUGGUUGAGUAUUUGCGAGCAGAUGGAAACGUCUCUUUAAUUGGCUUAUGGGGCCGUUCUAUGGGUGCUGUUACCAGCCUAAUGUAUGGGGCUGAGAAUCCUUCAAUUGCAGGGAUGGUUCUGGACAGUCCUUUCUCUGAUCUGGUUGAGCUAAUGAUGGAACUUGUAGAAACCUAUAAGUUUCGUUUACCUAAAUUCACGGUGAAGUUUGCUAUUCAAUACAUGAGAAGGGCUAUCCAGAAAAAGGCAAAAUUUGACAUUAUGGACCUCAACACCAUUAAGGUGGCAAAAUCUUGCUUUGUACCAGUGUUAAUUGGGCAUGCCAUCGACGAUGACUUCAUACGGCCUCAUCACUCAGACCAAAUACAUGAUGCCUAUGUGGGGGACAAAAACAUUAUCAAGUUCGAUGGUGAUCACAAUUCUCCUCGCCCUCAAUUUUACUUCGAUUCUAUAAAUAUUUUCUUCCACAAUGUUUUGCAACCCCCAGAGGAUGAAAUAGGGGAUAUUUAUAUCAACACCAUGCCAUCCUACUUCAGUGACAAGGAUUAUUGGAGACCGAUGCAAGAAGCGGGCCCAAACCAUGGUUCCUCUACAAUAUCAAGAGAUAUACCAACUAAUAGUACGGAAGGUGCUAUUAAAGAACUCCGUUCAAAAAGAUCUAUGAGUCGGACAGAGGUUCCUGCCGAUCUUCCUUCUGGAGAUCAUCAAUCCCUAUCUCAGGAUCAAAGUACGAGUAAUGACACGGACUUGUCAUCUUCAAAUAUGAUUAGUUUUGAAUUGUCGAAUGGCCAUCCUUACGAAACCAAUGUUCCAAAUUUGAUGGAUGAUGAUCAGUAUGUCGAAUAUCCUCUUGAUGACUUGGCAGGGUUCCCAUGCAGUGCAGAGGAGGAAGAAAGGAUGCUCAUGGAAGCAGUGAUGGAAUCGUUGAAGGAUUUCAAAAUGAAAAACGCUCAAGAAGAAGAGCAAGCUUCGAGUGUCAUAUGUACCGACACGAAGGACGUUUUACAGAAAGACGAAAGUGGAAUUUCACGAAUAGACCAUUGUGGAGUGCUGCAUCCAGAAGCCACAUCCACUUCAAAUGACCAUUUUUCUCAGUUUAAAGCAGAAUCUGCUUCAACUUCAGAAGAGUACAGUAUAUCUAUUAAACCAGAAUCUACUUCAGUAGUUCGAGAUUCGAAUUCGGUAUCUGAUCGCUCGUGUUCCGAUAAAAGCGAAUCUUCUAUAGGGGUGCCUGCACCUGCUGGAACUGAAAGUGCAGGGGCUUCCUCUUGUAGUAAUACACCUGCAAGUAGCCAACGUUCAGCUGAAGCUGAUUUGUCAGCCAACACGAAGGCGACCGUAACUGUUGUCCGAAAUCCUGCAACCCAUAUUAUGGAUGGUUUGAUUCGUCGCUGGGAUCUCAAUUUCUUCCGAAACAAUCAGAACCGAUGAUCCGGGGCAUGUUCUUGUGUUUUGACCCAUUUGCUCCCAUGGAAUGUGUGCAGUCUGAUAUUUGUAUUGCUGUGUAACUAAGAAAGUUGCUUUGAUGUUAGUUUGUAAAAAUAUUAGACACCAGAAAAGGAAAAAGGUCAAAGAAAGGAAGGACUUGUUUUAAGUGUGUCGAAAAUAUUGAAUGUAGCCAUUUUUUUUCAUUUUAUGGCUAGACUAUUACCUACUUAAACAAAAUAUCGAUCGAUGUUGCUA